AUGAGCGGUAAGUUUGUAAGGGCUUCAAAAUACAGACAUGUAUAUGGCCAAGUGGCAAAGAAAGAAAGGCAAUACGAAAAUAUCAGGGUCACCAAUAAUGCCUGGGACUCCAAUUUGAUUCAGGCUAACAGCAAGUUUUUGGCUGUCAACUGGAACUCGUCUGGAGGUGGUGCCUUUGCAGUGAUUCCGCUGGAUGAAGUUGGGAAAGCUCCGGACCAAGUCCCCCUCUUUAGAGGUCACACGGCCCAUGUUUUAGACACCGACUUUAACCCAUUCGAUGAUUACUGUAUUGCGUCAGGCUCGGAUGACGGAAAAAUUGGCAUUUGGGAGAUUCCUAAGGAUUACUCAUUUCAUAACUACACGAGCGCUGACGGUGAGCCCAAGGAUUUGGAACCGAAGAAAUUUUUACAAGGCCAUGGUCGUAAAGUUGGCCACGUUCUAUUUCAUCCAACAGCUCAGAACGUUCUGGCUUCCUCGUCCCUCGACUACACUGUCAAAAUUUGGGACAUUAGUACUGGUAAGGAGCUUUUCAAUUUAAAACAUCCAGACAUGGUCACUUCUAUGUCCUUCAGCUAUAAUGGCAAUCACUUGGUGACAGUUUCUCGUGACAAAAAGCUUAGGGUUUGGGACAUUAGAGCUGGGAAAAUAGUCAGCGAAGGGCCAGCGCAUACAGGAGCCAAAAAUCAGAGGGUUGUAUGGCUUGGAAAUUCUGAUAGAAUUGCCACUACUGGUUUUUCUAAGUUGAGUGAUCGCCAGGUUGGUAUUUGGGAUGCAUUCAACCUUGAAAAAGGAGAUUUGGGUGGUUUUUACACCUUGGACCAAUCUUCAGGAAUUGUGAUGCCUUUUUAUGAUGAUUCUAACAAGAUCUUGUAUCUAGUAGGCAAGGGAGACGGCAAUAUCCGUUAUUUUGAGUUUCAAAAUGACGAGCUUUUUGAGUUAUCGGAGUUCCAAUCCGUCGACCCGCAACGUGGUUUUGCAGCUGCCCCUAGGAGAGCAGUAAGUGUCAAAAACAAUGAAAUUUUGAAGGGAUUCAAAACGGUUAACGAUCACUGUAUCGAACCAAUCUCAUUCCACGUACCUAGAAAAGCGGACUCUUUUCAAGAUGACAUCUACCCUGAUGCGCCAUCUCAUAUCGCUGCACUAUCGGCUGAGGAAUGGGCCUCAGGUAAGUCCACCGAGGGCCCACUUCUGUUUAAUAUGAAGUCCCUCUUUGAUGGGUCAGAGCCCAUGUUGGUACCAUCCUCUGCCGGAAAUUCUGAACCCGUGCCGCCUGCUACGACUCCAUCUGCGCCAGCAGCCGAGGAGCCGAGCGCUUCUGAAAAAGGAGAUGUGGGCCAGAAGGAGGAAUCGACGCCGCAAUCGACCGAAAAAACUUUGACAAGGCCUCCGUCACCAGUUACCAUACCCAAGCCCUCUGCCCCAAAGACCUCAAAGGAGAAUGGUAGCUCUACUGCAAUUGAUGAAACAUUAAAGGAAGACAAGACAGUCAAUGGUCUUCUGAUGAGGGCUUCGCAAUUGGACAAGGAUAACGACGCAGAAGAUCCCUCUAAAGACGUCUCGACUUGGGAUGAAGGCGAGGAUAAUGUCCCCCCCGCUGAACUCCCACCGCCUGUUUCUUCAGCCUCGAGAGUUGAAGAGAGCAAGCUUGUACCAGCCAAAACAGAAAAGUCAAAAACAAUCCCACAAGAAGCCGUCCCGGCCACUCAAACGCCAACACCUGAGGCUACGCCUUCUCAGACUAAAAUUAAGACUUCAACUUCCUCGCCUGCUACGAGACUCGAAGAAAAGGUGGAAGAAUUUACUACUACAACUAGCGACUCCAAUGUUAGUGAUUCUACAGUUGCCCCCACGGCGAAAACUAUGGGUCUCAAACAAUCUGUGGAGACCUUGUCAGGUUUAGUUUUACAACUGAGCCAGGUAGUUGAUGACCUAAAGAGGGCUAGCCUGGAGAAAGACACCCGCCUAAAGGCUGUGGAAGACAAGUUAGCUCAAUUAGUGGGGAAAUAA